GAUGCUAACCCCUUAUAUUAGGCUAGGCAUUUCAAACGCAGUUAUGGAUCCGUCCUUGUCGAGCUCUGGGAUCGAACCAUUCACAUCACUUUCAUGUGAAACAAAUAAUACAGAUGAAAGUAAAGUAUUAGAGCAACCGACAAUAUCAACGUUACCUCUAGAAGUUCUUGAGAUGAUUUUGAUGAAUUGUUCUUACGCAGAAAUCAGUGAAAAACGCCAGGUAUGCAAGUCGUUCAAUGAAGUGUGUCAGAGUCUCUUAAACCGAGGUCUUGUUCAGGUGAUGCAUUAUCGGAAACAGUAUUCACUCAAACUGAAAGCACUUCUACCACGGCGGGAAUCUGAGCGACGUGACCAUGCACUAGCACGGCAUUGGGAUAUCCUGUCUACAAUUGAGAUGCAAAUGUCCUUGUUGUCGAUGACGUACUCCGAAUAUAUUGACCUUCGUGUAUGUUGCUUCAUUCCAGGAAAGGUGCUUGAUGAGGCUUAUUAUGUCAUGCGGUACUUAAAAUCAACCGAGUCACCACCACCAGUACAUGAGCUACUACGAGAAUUCCGAGACAUCUCAUUGAUGGCCAGAGACCACUUUAACGAGAACAUAGUACCGGGUCUUAAAAAAUCCCUUCUGCUACAAAAAACCGCCUCGCAGUCUUACAUUAGCGCAGGUGAGGAAUGCAAAGCCAAGUGGGAGACCAACACAAUUGGGGACGUCAGCACUUAUCUGAAGCCAUACAAGCAACAGCUACAUUUCUUGCAACCAUCAGUGAUGAUAAGCAACAAAGCUGAUGUGAACUUUGAUGUUAGUUUAAAUCUUGAACCACAAGUACCACAAAGAAAUGGAAAACGUAAAAUAUCAACACCGAGAAAUAAUAAUGAAAAAUCCGGUAGAUUUGACACAUCAGAAAAUGCGUUAGGUGUUGAAAUCGAAACAGAAGCACAAUCUAAUGCUUCAUCUGCCUGUGCAGAUGAAAUGUUUCUGUUAAGUUUUCUGCCAACUUUAAAGCGACUUAAUAACAAACAGAAGGCAGAAGCCAAGCUAAAAAUAAAUCAGGUUCUAUUUGAAAUAGAAUUUCCCAGUGAGGAGUGAUAUGCACUCCUCACUUUAUUAUUUGAAAUGUGGAUAAGGAAAGACUUUUUGAUACCUUGUUUAGUGAACCCACCACGCUCCAAUAAUCAUGAUUUCUUUUUUAGCCAACGAGCGCACCUGCCGCCAUGAAAAAAUGGAAAUUUCAGAAAGAGAAAUAUAAGUUUUCUUUAAUUUUAUUAUGCCCGCCACUGCCUUGAAAUCUCCAAAAAUAAGAUUUUUAUUUCUUCAUAAUUAUAUAAAUUUUACA